GUUCUGCUGCAGGCCUUUCGUUUUGACUUUUCCAAUCCGGUAUUCAGUACAAAAGCAACUUGUCGCAAAUACCAUACCUUCAGGGAGGAUAUGAUGGUCCACGGGAUCAUUGUUGCUUGGGUGUUAGGUCAUGCAAACAAUGAUAUCCGGCUUUCGACAGAAGGGGAACGCCUCGACGGGUUUCGUUUCCCGAGCCCGGAACAGUACAACGGGUUCAUGAUUCCGCAUAGUCAUGGGCUUAUCUUAGGCUUUUUCAUCAUCAUACUCACUCUAUUUUAAACACUAUCGGGAACCUGUUCCCGUCUGUGAAAGUAGCUUGAGCCGCUCACUUGUGUCUCCGGUGAUAACAUUCAAAACGUGAGCGAGAGAGGUCAUUUUCGCUUGUACAACCUCUAGCUCUUACAUCACAUCCAUCAACUUAACCAUUAUGCCUGCACCAGUGAGCGACAAAGUCAAGAUUUGCAUUGAUCGAGGGGGUACUUUCUGUGACAUAAUUGCUUUGAGUGAAAGCAAAGGAGACCAUUUGGUCAAGCUAUUGAGUGUAGAUCCUGACAACUACGCCGAUGCGCCCACCGAGGGUGUCCGUCGUGUUCUGGAGUGGUUCACAGGCGAAAAGAUCCCUCGUAACCAGCCUAUCGACACCUCCAAGAUUGAAUACCUCCGCAUGGGCACAACUGUGGCUACUAAUGCACUUCUAGAGCGGAAAGGGGAGCGAUGUGCUUUGCUAAUUAACAAAGGCCAUACCGAUGCACUUGAGAUAGCUUUCCAAACUCGCCCUUUCCUCUUCCAGCUUGCGGUUAAAAAGCCCGAUGUACUCUACUCCAAGGUUGUCGAGAUUGACGAACGUAUCAUUCCGGAGUGGCAGGAAUUUGUUGAAGAAGGUCGAAUGGUAGCUGAGAACGGUGACAGGCUGAUCAAGACGAGUAGCGGCGUGACAGUACGAGAAUUGAAACCGUUAGACGAGGAAGAAGUGCUAAAUCAGCUCAAAGAUUUAUUUGAAGAAGGUUACCGAUCCCUUGCAAUUGUUCUCGCCCACUCGUACCUUCUUCCAGAUGAUGAGCAACGUAUUGCACAAAUGGCCUGGGGCAUGGGUUUUACGAAUGUCAGUGUCUCAUCCAGUAUUGAGGCGAAGAUUGGCUUCAUUGCUCGCGGUCAAUCAACUACUGCAGACGCCUAUCUCACUCCCGAGGUCAAACGCUACCUCCAAGGCUUUGUCAAAGGUUUCAAGAAUAGGCUGGAAGGAUCACAGUGCAAGGUAUCUUUUAUGCAGUCAGAUGGUGCUUUGGCCGAUUUCAAAAGCUUCUCUGGUCUGAGGGCAAUCCUCUCUGGACCCGCCGGAGGUGUUGUCGGAUACGCUCGUACUUCAUAUGACCCACUGGAAGGUUCACCGGUGGUUGGUUUUGAUAUGGGUGGAACUUCUACCGACGUAUCGCGUUACAAUGGCUCGUACGAACAUGUGUUUGAGACGACCACUGCCGGUAUCGCCAUACAGGUACCUCAGUUAGAUAUCAACACCGUUGCGGCUGGAGGAGGGUCCAUCCUGACCUAUAGAAACCAAAUAUUCAACGUUGGUCCGGAAUCGGCUGGUGCUCAUCCCGGGCCUGCUUGUUAUCGCAAAGGAGGACCUUUGACCGUGACCGAUGCCAACCUUUUCCUUGGUCGAUUGCAUAUCGACUCAUUCCCUAAGAUAUUCGGCCCCAGCGAAGACAUGCCCCUUGACUACGACAUCGUCUGUCAAAAAUUCGAGGAAUUGACAACUUCCAUCAACAAAGAGAAUGAAUCAAACCUUUCUCCUGCAGAAGUCGCCUUGGGGUUUAUCAACGUUGCCAACUCUUCCAUGGCUCGUCCGAUCCGGGGUCUUACUGAGCAGAGAGGUUUCCGUACUAGUGCUCACAACCUGAGCUGUUUUGGUGGUGCAGGGGGUCAACAUGCUACUGCUCUCGCUGCGCUUCUGGGGAUGCACUAUGUGAUUGUUCACAAGUAUUCCUCCAUCCUUUCUGCGUAUGGUAUGGCUCUCGCGGAGGUUGCGGUCGACGUUUCCGAACCAUUUGUCCAAGAGUUUUCGAUGUCAGCCAUGCCAGCUACUGAGGAGCGUUUAGGUGCUCUGAGGGCCCGAGCAUUAAAGAAGUUGUCUGACCAAGGUGUCCAAGAACGAACUGUUGUGUACGAUGAUUACCUGAAUCUUCAAUAUGCAGGCUCCGACACCACUUUGAUGAUCCUUCGCCCCGCAGAUGGCGACUUUGCUCGUGCUUUCGUGGAAGAGCAUAAGCGAGAGUUUGCAUUCACCCUCGAUGCUCCUAUCAUGAUUGCCGCUGUCCGCGUACGGGCUACCUCCAAGACCACCUCCCUUGAUCUUAGCGAACAAUCACCAUACGUGGAUGAGCUCCGACAGCUGGAGGCCAGUAAGAUCACUCCCCUUAAACCACAGCCUUUCGCUUCAAACUCAGUGUACUUUGAGGAAUUGGGCAAGUUUACAGACGUGCCUUUGUAUCGAUUGCAAGAUCUAGUCCCUGGGAUGAAGGUCGCUGGGCCUUCCAUCAUCCUCGAUAACACUCAAACAGUUGUGCUGCACCCUCAAAACACAGCCAAAAUUCUCAAGUCUCAUGUUUUUAUCGAUGUAGGCUUAGGUCCGAGAAAGGCAGUUGACCUUAAUUCCGUCGAUCCCAUCCAAUUGUCUAUCUUCAGUCACCGCUUCAUGGGUAUCGCCGAACAGAUGUGUCGUGCUUUACAAAAGACUGCUGUUUCUGUUUCUAUCAAGGAACGUCUCGACUUCUCAUGUGCUCUUUUCGAUGCUGGCGGGGAACUAGUUGCCAACGCACCAAAUGUGCCGGCUCAUCUUGGGUCCAUGCAGUACGCUGUUGUGUAUCAGGCCAAUAGGCGUAAAGGGGAGCUUCGGCCUGGGGACCUUUUGGUAUCCAAUACCCCGGAAGCCGGAGGUGGCCAUCUUCCCGAUAUCACUGUGAUUCAACCUGUCUUUGAUGACGCUGGAAAGGAUAUCGUAUUUUGGGUGGCUGCUCGAGGACAUCAUACCGACAUUGGUGGACUUGGAGGCAACUCUCACCACCCAGACCAAUCUGUUCGUGCGGAGGAGGGGGUGGCUUUCGAAUCAACCUUUGCCAUACGAGACGGAGUUUUCAACGAACAAGAGAUUGUUGACAUUUUCAUGAAGGCAGGCGAUUAUCCCGGCUGCAAGCCAACAAAACGGAUCGACCACAACUUAUCCGACCUCAAGGCCCAAUGUUCCGCAUGUGCUGUGGGUACUACCCAACUGCACGCUUUGUUUGAUGAGUAUGGUAAGGACGUCGUCCAUUUCUACAUGAAAGCUAUUCGAGACAACGCCGAAGCGUGUACACGAGAUGCCCUCAAAUCUUAUGCUGGUCGUACUUUCAGAGCCACAGAUCACUUUGAUGAUGGUACAGUGGUCAAGCUCAAGAUCGACAUUGAUGAGAAUGGUACUGGAACAUUUGAUUUUACCGGUACCGGACCCGAGGUUUUGGCCAACUUCAAUGCACCAGAGGCCAUCACGCGCUCUGGUCUCUUGUACUGCUUACGGACCAUGUCUGGGACAGAUAUUCCCAUGAACGCUGGCGUGCUUGCUCCAUUGAACAUUAUCAUCCCCCAAGGAUCUGUCUUAUCCGCUUCUGAAGAUGCUGCCGUAUCACAAGGUAAUGGUGAAGUGGCUCAGCGUGUUGCCGAUAUUGUCUUUACUGCCUUCAACGUCAUGUCUGGGUCUCAUGGUUCUAUGAACGGUACCCAUUUGAUGUAUAAGAAGCAUACUUGGGCUGAGACCACAUGUGGCGGCGCGUCGGCAGGACCUACUUGGGACGGUCAAUCGGCCGUUCAUACAAAUAUGACCAACACCCGUAUCGGCGAUCUCGAGCUUCUUGAGACCCGAUUCCCAGCCAUCCUUCGAGAAUUCAGUAUUCGCCGAGGCACAGGUGGUGCAGGUAGAUACCGAGGAGGUGAUGGAAUUUGUCGAAUUUAUGAGGCAAGAGUAGCAAUGGAAGCAAGUCAUGAUGGGCAGCGACGUGUUAUCGCACCCCAUGGCUCAUCAGGCGGCCUUGAUGGAGAAAGGGGAGCUUCCUAUCUGAAGAAAAAGAAACUCAACGGGGGGUAUCGUGUUGUCAAGCUGAAGCCGGCUCACCAAGUCCAGAUGCAAGUAGGAGAGCAGCUGAUUGUGCACACAGCGGGUGCUGGCGGCUGGGGAACUCCGGUGGACCUCAUUGAAGAAGGAUAUAAUAGAGAGGGUAAUAAUUAUAACCAUGUCAAGUCCAAGGAGGGAAGCAAGCCACCACCUUUCACAAGAGGAAACGGUAGUGUAUCUCAGUGGGGUCAGGCUCAAGCCGAGUGUGACUGAUUAAUUUAACAUUGGUUAUUCGAGAUUCCUUCUGAUGUAUAAAUUAUCUUGAGAUCUAUGUUCACUGGGUUGGGGAGAGGUCGACGAGUUGGGUUGAACGAGAGGAUGUCAGGAAGUCAAGAGAAAGCGCGCCGGUCACGGGGUAUCACGAUCCCAGGGACAACAACGAAGAAGGAUGGGUGGUGGUAAGACCCGGAAAUAAUUGA